UUGGUAUUGACGUCCUUGCUUUUCUCUCUGUUUUUUUGUUCAAUUUCUCACGAUGAUACACAACUAACACAAGUGAUCACUUGCUAAUGCUCAAUUUCUCAUCAACACUCUCUUUCUCUCGAUUUCCCAAAGCUUUUCAUGAAAGCCACAAGAGUUAGCAACAAGGAUGCGUAAAACAAUCGAGUUGUAUGGUUUCCCUUGUCAUGUAACUGUGUCAAGUGUAAGGACAUUUGUAGAGAAUUAUACUGGUAAAGGCACUGUGUAUGCUAUUAAGGUAAGACAUGGAAAAGGGCGUGUUCCAAGAGCAUUUGCUAUUAUUCAAUUCACCUCUGUGGAGUCUUCUGCAGACAUGAUGUCCAGAGCUAACAGUUUAUGGUAUGGGAACUCCUAUCUAAAAGUUCGCGAAAUGGAAAGAGAUAUUGUGCCAAAGCCAAGAACCUUUUUGCAUAGUUUGAAUAAUGUGAAACUGUCUUUUGGCUGUCAAAUAUCAAAAGGAAGAUUCUCAGCUUUAUGGAAUACAGUGAAUGUUGAGGUAAAUUUUGGGUCUGGAAUGAGAAAGUGGCAUUUCAUUCUGUCCGAUAACAAUGUCAGAUACAAACUUGAGCUUUCAUAUGAAAACAUUUGGAAGUUAGAGCUGCAUCAACCACGGGGUGGAAUUGCAAAGCAUCUCCUGAUUCAGUUACUUGGCGCUCCUCGGAUUUACAAGCUUAACAAUCCUACUUCAGGAAAUGUAUAUGAAGAUCCUUCAAUGAACUAUUGCAUGGAUACCCCUGAUGAGCAAUGGAUCAGAGCAGUUGAUUUUACUCCUUUCAGUCGUAUCGGGCAGUCUUCUGCUUUGUGUCUGGAGCUUCCUGAUGGCCAAUGUGUUCCAAAUUUCAGGGAAAACUUUGCUUAUUAUGAAGAAAGUGCGAGGCGAUGCACUGUAGAGACAGGACUUCCUUUUUCUCUCAAUCUUAGGCUUGUCCCCAUUGUUGCUCCUCCUCAAGGCAUUGAAAUACCAUAUGAUAUCUUGUUUAAAGUUAAUUCAUUGGUUCAACAUGGGUGUCUUGCAGGUCCUUCACUUGAUAAUGACUUCUAUCAUUUGGUUGAUCCAUGUAGAAUGGACCUUCAGUUUAUUGAAUAUGCUUUAGAAAAAUUGUACCAUUCAAAGGAUUUUUGUUAUGAACCCACAAAGUGGCUGACUGAACAGUACAUAACGUACCUUAGCUCAAAGAGGCCUCCUCGGUCACCUACAAUAUCCUUGGAUACAGGGUUGGUAUAUAUUCGCAGGGCUCAGGUCACACCUUGCAAAGUAUACUUUUGUGGUCCAGAGAUUAAUGUCUCAAAUCGUGUUCUACGCCACUUCCGUGAACAUAUCGAUAACUUUCUACGUGUUUCAUUUGUUGAUGAGGAGUUGGAUAAACUUUAUUCAACAGAUUUAUCUUCACGCACUGAUAGGCAGAAAACAGAGAUAUAUGAAAGAAUUCUUUCCAUCCUUAGAAAUGGCAUAGUAAUUGGUGAUAAGAAGUUUGAAUUUCUAGCAUUCUCAUCUAGUCAGCUUCGGGAAAAUUCUCUCUGGAUGUUUGCUCCUACAACAACUGGAUGUACUGCUGCUUACAUAAGGGAAUGGAUGGGAGAUUUUCGCCGGAUAAGAAAUGUGGCUAAGUAUGCUGCUAGGCUGGGGCAAUCUUUUGGUUCAUCUACUGAAACUCUAAGCGUCAGCAGGGAUGAAGUUGAGAUUAUUCCGGAUGUGAAGGUUAAUGAUGGUAGAACCGAAUAUGUCUUCUCUGAUGGAAUUGGGAAAAUAUCUCAUGAAUUUGCCAGGAGUGUGGCUAGAAAAUGUGGUCAUAAUUCCACUCCAUCAGCCUUUCAGAUUCGGUAUGGCGGAUACAAAGGAGUUGUUGCUGUAGACCCAACAUCACGUGCAAAGCUAUCACUGAGGAAGAGCAUGCACAAGUACGAUUCGGAUAACACAAAGUUGGAUGUUUUGGCAUGUAGUAAGUUUCAGCCUUGUUAUCUGAAUCGGCAGUUGAUUACUCUCUUAUCCACUCUUGGUGUCAGGGACAAUGUUUUUGAGAAAAAACAAAGGGAUGCUGUUAAUCAACUGGACACUAUGCUAACAGAUUCAUUAAAGGCACAGGAGGCUUUAGACUUAAUGUCUAGUGGGGAGAUCACCAAUAUUCUGAAGGAGAUGCUCAUUUGUGGCUACAAGCCUAAUGUUGAACCAUUUCUCUCAAUGAUGAUGCAGACAUUUAGGGCAUCAAAACUGCUGGAAUUGCGAACAAAAACUAGGAUCUUUAUUCCAAGUGGAAGAGCAAUGAUGGGAUGUCUAGAUGAAACUGGAACCCUUGAAUAUGGUCAAGUGUUUGUUCAAUUUUCCAACAAUAGGCUCGGGAAUCAGAGUCUUUAUGUUAUUACGGGUAAGGUAGUAGUAGCGAAAAACCCCUGCUUGCACCCGGGUGAUGUGCGUGUUUUGAAGGCUAUGAAUGUGCCAGCUUUGCACCACAUGGUAGAUUGUGUUGUUUUCCCUAAAAAAGGAAGCAGACCUCAUCCAAAUGAAUGUUCAGGAAGUGAUUUGGAUGGAGACAUCUACUUCGUUUGUUGGGACUCUGAUUUAAUUCCAAGUAGGACAGAACAACCAAUGGACUAUACUGCUGCCCCAAAUAUGGAAUUGGAUCAUGAUGUAAUGAUUGAGGAGGUUGAGGAGUAUUUUACAAAUUACAUAGUCAAUGACUGUCUGGGGAUAAUUGCCAAUGCACACACUGUCUUUGCAGAUAGGGAACCUUUGAAAGCAAUGGCUGAACCAUGUAUUAAGCUUUCACAGCUCUUCUCAAUAGCAGUUGACUUUCCAAAAACCGGUGUCCCAGCUGUUAUACCUCAAGAACUUUAUUGCAAAGAAUAUCCUGAUUUCAUGGAGAAGCCUGACAAACCCACCUACGUGUCGCCUAACGUAAUAGGAAAGCUUUUUAGGGAAGUGCAAGGGAUUUCAUCAAGUGCUGGCUCUAUUACAUCCUUCACUAAGGAAGUGGCUAUAAAGUCAUUUGACCCCGACAUGGAAGUCGAUGGCUUCAUGGACUAUGUUGAUGAUGCUUACUAUCACAAGGGGAAUUAUGACUAUAGGUUGGGAAAUCUGAUGGACUACUAUGGGAUCAAAACUGAAGCUGAAAUCCUCAGUGGGAAUAUCAUGAAAAUGUCAAAGUCAUUCACUAAAAGACGGGAUGCGGAAGCAAUUACUAUGGCUGUAAGGUCCCUUAGGAAAGAGGCGCGCACCUGGUUCAAUGAUAGCAGUGGUGGUGGUGGUGAUGAUGCGUACGCAAAAGCUUCGGCUUGGUAUUAUGUUACUUACCAUCACAGUUACUGGGGUUGCUACGAUGAAGGUAUGAAUAGGGACCAUUAUCUAAGCUUCCCAUGGUGUGUGUACUCUCUCCUUGUCCAAAUCAAGAAGGAGAAGAUAGCCUGGAACAGAAGAAAUGCUGACCAAUCCUUGGAGUACAGUUUCAGUCAUAGGUUGCAUUUGAAUUAAACAGUUCCAGGUGGACUUUGUACUGAUUGACUUUGCAUGCAUAUAGUACGUGGUACUGUCAUGAUAGAAGAUUUGGUGGACUAUGAUUUUCUAUAAACUUUUAAGUCAUUGUAAAUAUGGCAACUCCGGUUUGGUUUAUUUUAUGGUUUUUGUGGAUGCUUUGACAUAUUUUCAUUUUCUGAGAAAUUAAUUGAUGUUGGAAUGAA